CUUUCGCAGACUUUUCACUUAUCCCUUCAUUCUUCUUUUUGUUUUCACACCUACUCGUCUCACCGUAUCCUCUACUUGAUCGGAACCAAUACAAAAAAAUAUGGGAUCGUCGAAGAAAUCACAAAUCGGCAGAGGAUUAGACACCGACUGUCGAAAAUGGGUCAUUGCCGAAAUAUCUAUUCGGGCUUCGCUUAAACCGGUGAAGACGAAGUUGAGAAAGCCGGAGAGAGAAACAGAAGCUGAAGAAGAAAAGUAUAAUAGUAGCGAAGAGUGCUGCAUCACGCCCACGGCGAAAGAAGCGAAGUUCUCGGAGAAACUGAAGUGUCCGCCGGCGCCAAGGAAACGCCGACCUGCGUUGAAGUGUCGGAGCAAUGUUGGUGUAGAAUACUUCGUGCCUCCGGAAGAUUUGGAGACGGUGUUUAUACGACGCCGUUAGUGUAAAACGAUAUGUAUUCUCAAAGACGACUCUUUGUCACUUUAGCUUCGACUAUAAACUUAGAAUAGAUUCUUUAAUCAGAAUAUUUUA